CAGAUCAUGUAAACGAUUCGGGAUAAAUAAUCAUGUGUGUGGCAUGGAGUGAUUAGCAAAGAGUCCGGCGCUUUCCUGUUGGAUUUUUUCUACGUUUCAAGCGUGCUGUCUGUGCAAAUAACGACCAGAUUCUGUGUCGGACGACUGGACUUGGCUCCAAAUAUCAGGUUGGACUGGAAGCUAGCUGUCAGUGUCUGUCUUGCAGAGAUUUCAUGAUGGCAGACAGUAUCAUGAGCAAGGCUGCAACCAUGGAGAUCCCCAUUAACAGCAAUGGAGACACAGGGACUCUCCCAGAGGAUGACAGCCUGGAGCAGGAUCUGCAGCAAGUGAUGGUGUCUGGACCCAACCUGAAUGAAACCAGCAUCGUCUCGGGAGGUUAUGGAGGACCUGCAGGGGGCAUCAUUCCAACCAGCACCAUCAAAGGACCUGCAGUUUGCUUCAACCCUGAGUAUCUGGACAGAAGAAGAGCCCCUGCACCAGGACCAGACAUUCGCAUGAAAUCCCGGGGUGUAAACUUGCCUCACAGUCAAUCCUCAGCCAGCCGACUUGCCCAACACACAGACCAGCAUCCAGGGUCGUCAAACCAUAACACUAAUUCAACUGAAGAAGUCUCACGUGGGGUGGCAGUGGAGAAACUGGACAGUGUAAAGAAAUGGGGCAUUAACACAUACAAGUGCACAAAGCAGAUGUUCUCGGAGAGGUUUGGCCGAGGCUCACGAACAGUCGACCUGGAGCUGGAGGCUCAGAUUGACGUCUUAAGAGACACCAAGAGCAAGUACGAAAACAUCCUAAGACUGGCCACUGCGCUCAUCAGUCAUUUUCAAAGCAUGGUGCAGACGCAACAGGCUCUGGGAGACACAUUCACCGACCUCAGUCAGAAGUCUCCAGAGUUACAGGAUGAGUUUGGGUAUAAUGCAGAAACACAAAAGCUGUUGUGCAAGAAUGGCGAGGCUCUGCUCGGUGCCAUCAACUUCUUCGUGUCAAGUGUCAACACCCUGGUCAACAAAACAAUGGAGGACACUUUGAUGACCAUUAGGCUGUAUGAAAAUGCAAGACUUGAGUUUGAUGCCUAUCGUUCUGAUCUGGAAGAGCUGAGUUUGGGUCCGAGGGAUGCGGCUGCCAUGGUCCGCAUUGAGAUGGCCCAGCUUGAAUACCAGUUCCAUAGAGACAAAUACGAAAGGCUGCGUAGCGAUGUCACCAUCAAGCUCAAAUUCCUGGAAGAAAACAAGGUGAAGGUGAUGCACAAGCAGCUGCUUCUCUUCCAUAAUGCUAUCUCAGCUUACUUUGCUGGCAACCAGCAGCAGUUGGAACAAACUCUAAUACAGUUCAAUGUAAAGUUAAAGCCCCCCGGAUCAGACAAGCCAUCCUGGCUGGAGGAGCAGUAAUGAGCGCCCAGUGUUCAGCUAUCUGAGAUGUACAGUGACACGCUGGUCAGUGAAAAACUCAACAUUAUGGUUAGACGGACAAGAUUUAAAGGAAUAGAGGAGUAUAUUGUAGGAUCCGUAGCAGAAAGAGAUAUCUCUUUUGUAAUGUUUUCGGUAUCAUUUAUUACAUAGAUGGAACAACUUUUUUUGUUAAAUCACAGAAUUACCUUUUGUUACUUUCUUAUUCUUUUCUUAGCACAAUCAUUUACGUGUAUAUCACUUAUUUAUGUACAGGAUAGUGGAACGUUGUGGAGAUUCCCCUUGGCAGUUUUGCACAUGCAUUAUUUUGUUGUUGUUUUUUUUAAUGUUGUCUGAAGUUAUCUUUAACAUUUCAGUGUAUAUCGAAUGGGAGGAAUUCCACAAAUCAGUUUUGUAAGUAAGUGGGACACUGCUAAAAAUGUUAUGAAAUAUCCUCUGAAAUUGUAUUUAUUUUCUUUAUGCAUGCUCCAACCAUAUUAUUCAACUUAUGUUUUGCAGAUUUAGGUCAAAGACAUCAGGAUAUGGUAUCAUUUUAAAAGAUGUCCCACUGUCUUUCUCCUGUGGCUUUGUGGAACACCUGCCUGAAUGAUCAGUUUACAGUUUACAUAGAAGGGAAGAUAUAUAUAGUGAAUAUAGUGGUUUUCUCUAACCUAAUAUACAAUCAUAAUUCGUUUAAUCUCCUAAAUUUUGGGUACCUUCAGAAACGGUAUGUCAUUAUGAAUCCAGCACUGUCGUAAGUAUCUGUCUUUUUUUUUACUCCAGAGUUUACACAUGGGAACAAACCUGAAAAACAUCAGAUCUAGUGGUUAUGUUUAGCAGUAAUCAAUCCAUACUUUAGAUGCUUUAAUACUAAAUACAAAGAUCUCAGUUAUCAUAAAGGAAUCCAAAUCAAAAUAUGCCUCAUAGCCAGUAUCUGUUUGACUGUGUUAAUAGAAGGUGCCUGUGUGAAACUAUGAAAGACAACCUUUGAGAUUUAUUCUUGAAGUCUCAAAUUGGAAAACACAAAUGGUGGAUGGACAUAUUGGAUACAUGUGGUACCACAUGCACUUUAGGUGACAAUACAAAUCUCAGUGUCUCUUCAAAGACAGAAUGUAUACGUACAUUUAUCUUACUUUGUGUUAUUUUUUUUAAAAAAUGUGUUUAUAACAUAACAUUGUAUGUUAUUUAGAUUCUUUUUCAGUUUUAGUCCGCUGAUUGUCUUUAUCUUGUUCUGCAUUUCCAAUAAAGUCUGCUGGAUGUUUUGUUUCACUUAA